AUGUGCGAGCGGGCGGCGCGCCUGUGCAGGGCCGGCGCGCACAGGCUGCUGCGGGAGCCGCCGCCGCAGGGCCGGGCGCUGGGCGGGCUGCUGCGCUGGGUGGGCGCCAGGAUGGGCGAGCCCCGGGUGCCGCUGGUCCCCGAAGCCCCCGCCGCCCCCGCCGCCCCCGCCGUGGACCCCGGUUCCUGCCCGGGCCCCGCCUCGUCGCGCGGGGGCACCGCUGUCAUCCUGGACAUUUUCCGCCGUGCGGACAAAAAUGAUGAUGGGAAGCUGUCCUUGGAGGAGUUCCAGCUCUUCUUUGCAGAUGGCGUCCUCAACGAGACGGAGCUGGAGGAUCUCUUCCACACGAUCGACUCUGAUGACACCAACCACGUGGACACCAAGGAGCUAUGUGAUUACUUUGUGGACCACAUGGGGGACUAUGAGGAUGUCUUGGCCUCCCUAGAGACCUUGAAUCAUUCUGUCUUGAAGGCCAUGGGCUACACCAAGAAGGUGUACGAGGGUGGGAGCAAUGUGGACCAGUUCGUGACCCGCUUCCUCCUGAAGGAGACUGCCAAUCAGAUCCAGUCGCUGCUGAGCUCCGUGGAGAGUGCGGUGGAGGCCAUUGAAGAGCAGACAAACCAGAUCCGCCAGAACCACAACAAGCCCGGCCCCGGCGUGGUGCAGACCUGGUAUGGAAGCCCCCCUGCCCCUUACGCCCCCGGCCACAAGCUCAUGGCCUCGGAACAAGAAAAGAGCCUGCCUUCUGUCACCUCAGAGCCCAAGGAGGAGGGUCUGGAAGUCCAGAUCAGCCGCCUGGCAGAGCUCAUAGGACGGCUGGAGACCAAGACCCUCUGGUUUGACCUGCAGCAGCGCCUCUCGGAUGAAGAAGGCACCAAUAUGCAUCUGCAGCUGGUCCGGCAGGAGAUGGCCGUGUGCCCUGAGCAGCUGAGCGAGUUCCUGGACUCCCUGCGCCAGUACCUGCGGGGCACCGCCGGAGCCAGGAACUGCUUCCACAUCGCCGCUGGGAGGCUGUCGGACGGCUUUACCUUCGUGGUGUACGAGUUCUGGGAGACGGAGGAGGAGUGGAAGAGGCACCUGCAGAGCCCCGUGUGCAAGGCGUUCCGGCAUGUGAAGGUGGACACGCUGAGCCAGCCUGAGGCCCUCUCCAGGAUCUCGGUGCCAGCUGCCUGGUGCACGGUGGGCCGAGACUGACCAGCUCCCAGCAAACACCCUGCGGAUGAGCCCAGCACCCUGCCCUCCCUUCUUAUAAAGGAU